UCUAAAUUUCAGGUCGGCUGUAGCUGCUUGGCCUUGGCCUGCUUCACGGCGAGCCUCAAGGGCGAUGGGGCGGGAAGCGAACGCUGGCUCGCGCACGGCUUCACUUUCGGCAUGCCGUCUGAGUUCAUGUUUUUCACCAGCGCCGAGAACGAGACGAUAUCCAUGGGAGCCGCAUCCGCCGAAGAUGUCGUGCUCGGUCCUCAAUACGCCAGCACUGUUCGCAUUAGCCUCAUCGGCGCCAUGCUCGUCCUGUCGCUCGUGGGCAACCUUCUGGUAUGCUACAGGCUCCUAACGUCCAGGCGCCACCGCCUGCUCAAGGCGCAGGUGCUCUUCCUGAACCUGGCCCUGGCCGACCUCCUGGUUACACUGAUCACCAUGAACUCGCAGCUGUUGUGGGAGAUUAUGGGACGCGUGUGGAUUGCCGGUGACGCUCCCUGCCGCUUGUUCAAGGUGCUGCAGACCUACGCGCUCGUCUCGUCCACCUACAUGUUGGUGGGCAUUGCAGUGGACCGUCAUUUCGCCAUCUGCAACCCGCUGGCUCCGGCACCCAAGCCGCGGUCGGUAGCGGCGGCUUGCUGGCUGCUGUCACUCCUUCCGUCUCUGCCAAACAUGUUCGUGUUCCGUCUCGUCGUGGUUCGGGACAAGUACUACUGUGCCUCCCUCUUCUACAUCUACCGUGACUCGGCAGCGGCUCGGCAAGCCUAUAUGGCUUUCGUCUUCGCCUUCGUCUUCAUCCUGCCGUUGGUGGCGUUGGUGACGCUUUACACGAGCAUCCUGCUGCGCAUGUGGAAGACGGAUUCGGCUUCGUCGUCUCCGCGUCCACCACCCGACGCGAUGGUCGGCGCUGCGUUUGACGGCGGGUGCUGCGUUGUAGACGGCGCCAGAAGCACGAUGCCCAAGGCACGCCUGCGGACGCUGAAGAUGGCCGUGGUGAUAUUCGUGGCGUUUUUGGUGACCAACCUUCCGUACAUGGUGCAGGAGAUGCUGCUAGCGUUCGCAGGAAACGUCCAGCUCGGGCCGAACCUAGUCGCCGUUUUCGGCGUCAUAUCGGCACUGAACAGUGCCGUCAACCCGUACGUGUACCUGGCCUUCAACGGUGGUGCGGGCGUCGCGUGGUGCGACGCCCACGUGUGCGGCCUGUGGCAUCGAUUGACGUGUUCUUCGAGCUCGAAGCGGACAUCCAUGGGGACGUACCGUGGUCCUUGGUCGGCGGGUCAGUCUCGUCGUCGAAGAAGACUUCUGACGGGAAAGGCUGGGCCCCCUGCUCCCGAAAUGUGCGAGAGUUGCCAACGACAGCGAAAAGUUGAGGACAAACAAUAAGAGUGCCAGUCUCGAAGGUUGCUGAGCCAAUACCAAACCUGUGCUUACAGCUCUGUAGGUUGCUUGACGAAGGAGAAGUAGAUAGCUCUGGUGUCAAAGUGUCAUGCUUUAUCGUCACAGCGGAGUGAUGCAAUGUGUUUAGAAAACAUAGUAUUAGAAAAACAAAAACUGACGUGACUUUUUAUAAUAAGGAUCUAGAUUUUUUUUUAGUGACACGUACACUAAAACGAAGCUUUAGCUCGAGGCUGACUAUGAUGUCGCCUAUUCAAAUACACGUUGAACGCAGGAGGUGGGUUGUAGGCGGGAGUGAUCGACUUGAAGGAAAUACGUUGCAUUCAUGAAGAAAUAAGCGAGCAAAAUUACCAGCGAUUACGAUACUCCCGGAUGUGAAAUGUGAGCGCAGCUUUAUACGCGUGUUUUCACUUGGCGAUAUAUUGAGCCAAUAAUUAGACUGUCAUGUUUGUACGUACACUUAUAGAUGACUCUUU